AAAGCUCAAGAACUCUAACAAAGUCCACGAGCAAACCCCGUGAAUAACUUCCUCAAACACAUGCAAGCAGAGUAUUUCCCCACGAGUCUAUCCAAAAUUGUGGCGCGUAUAAUUCAACCAGUCAUCAUUGAUGAAGAUCUCAACUACAGAACACAUCAGAGAAAAUGAAGAAGAUAGAUAUUUUUCACCAGUCUUUUUUUAAUUUUGUUUAUUUCUGUGUGUUUGGAAGAAAUUGACAUGCUUUGGCGCAUGCCCAACUAUUCAAACCUCUACUUUGCGCACAAUUACCACACGCCAUCUUCUUUCUUCUAUAAUUACUUCUAUUUCCCUUCAAUUUGAUCAUUCUGCAAUCUGGGAUUAUCUCCAAAUUUUCUGGGUAUGUUUAAAAUCAACAAUUAAUUCAUCCCUUUUCUGUUUUAGCUUUGCUUAAAUUUCUGGGUUGAAUGUUAGUGAAUGGCAUUUGGCAGAAUUGGAGCUCAUCCGAGUAUGGAAGCCAUUGAUUUACGCUUCCCCAAUAUAAAUUCGUCGACUUUACUACUUAAACCUGUAUUUUCAAGGCAAAUUUUGAAACCCUUUGAUCAAUUAUUGCGUAGAAGUUCUAAAAAAUGUGUUAAAAUAACAUGCAAGGCUUCAAAAAGUAUUGCCUCAGAUGAAAAUGAUAAAAUGGGUGGAUUGUCUACUGUGGAUGAUGAAUUGGGUCUGGUUAAUAAGUUCGAAAUGUCUGAUUUCGAGGUUUCUGAUCGUGUUAGCAUCGGCCUUGGUGGGCGGGGUGAUGAGCUAGUUUUUGAAGCUCUUGUAAAGAAUCCUGACAGCCCUUUGUAUAACACAAGAGUUGUGAUUCGGGAGCUUACCAGUGUUCAGGCUCGAAGGAGAGGCAAGAGAGCUAUAGAGGUGUUCAAGAAGUUGGUUCGUCGUAGACUUUUGUAUCUUUCUUAUUCCAUGCAAGUUCAUGGUUAUGUCUCUUCAUCAACAAGUGAUAAUCGUGCCAAGUUUACACUGGUCCACGGUUAUCAUGGGAGUUUCUCGCUAAGGCACUGGCUUCAACAAUCAGACUGGUUACCAACCUUAGAAGCUACUCUUGCUCUCGAUGAAGAGUCUGUUCGAAAGGUGGGGGAUGACAGCAUUGGAGGUCCAGCUGUGUCCAGGAAAUUACGUCUGAUUCGAUUACUUAUGAGGGAUCUCUUGAUAGGAGUAAAUUAUUUGCAUAGUCAUGGACUUGCCCACACUGAACUGAGGCUGGAAAAUUUGCACGUAAGCCCUGUGGACAGGCAUAUUAAAGUAGGUUUUUUGGGAAAUGCCGUUGACUUCAUUGAGAAUGCUUCAAAUAGUAAAGUUUUUAACAGUAAGAGAAGGCAAAUGAUGAUUGCAUUUGAUAUGAGGUGUGUUGGAUUUGUCAUGGCAAAGAUGGUUCUGCCGGAGCUCAUGGAUCCAAUAAUCUUUGCAGAGUUCAAAUCAUUUCUUACCAAGGGAAAUGAUCCAUCAUGCUUGCGUGAAUUCAUGUUGCCAAUUUUGAGUAAGAACUCCCCUUCUGGAAAUAUUGGACUUCAGAUGCUGGAUCGAAACUGGGGCGCUGGGUGGAAUCUUUUGGCGUUGCUGCUUGCACCAAAACCUUUUGAUAGAAUAAGCUGUUUAGAUGCUCUGAGGCACCCAUUUUUAUGCGGACCAAGAUGGAGAGUGCAGCCAUCAAUGAACAUAAUUAGAUGGGGUCUUGGCUCUACUGCUGUUCGAAUUACUGAAGAAUACAUCUAUCGCCAGCCUCAGCGUAACAGGCUCUCCUACUUUGUUGAAUUGAUGGAGAUGCUGAAUCCUCAUCCGAAGCCUAAGAAUUGGCUGGAGCUGUUGCCUGGAAAAUGGCGUCUACUUUACUGCACAGGUCGGCACAUAGGAUUGACUUUUCGGCAACCAGCUCACCGAGUUCUUAUUGGUGAUGUGCACUUAAUUGUUGAUAAAAUAUCAAGUCCAAAGACAACAUUUAAGUUCACUUCAGAUAUUGCUUUCAAUGUGAUUACUGGUCAAGAUUGGCCUCAUGACAAAACCGGUACACCUGGAAAUCUUAAAGGAAUGUCUCCAUCCAGAUUAAGGGCUGGCAGGCGGCAAUACAUUAAGAAAGAGAAUUCGGAAAUGUCAUUUUCUACAUCUUCUAGCACAACCCCGGUAGUAAAGAUAUCAUCGAACAGAAAAUGGAAAAAAGCAUUCCCUUACAAGGAGAUUCCUUCAAGUCUUCCAGUAGCUAAAUUAGCAUCUAGUGAAAUUGAAUUGACCAUGAACCUUGGUGAGCCAGUAAGUAACAAUGUUGAUGAUGCUAAAAAUGUGCUUAAAGAAGUUCGACUGCAAGUGCCACCGGAAAUGUUUGAUUUGUCAAAAGUUGUAUGUGGUACAUAUGUAGAUUCUAGGUUGCUUGUCCUCCGUAGUGUAAAUGGUUCGGCACUUAUCUUUACAAGAUCAUGUAGAUAGGUCUAUAGAAUUGUAUCUGUAAAUCCCUUGGACAGGCCGGUAGCUUUGUACAGUUAAAAUGUAUGUAAAAAUCAGAUCCUCUACAUAGCUUAAGAGAGAUUAGGCAGCACUACAAUUAUUUUGUGCUGUAGGUCAUGGGUUUAGAUUAUACACCCAAGGGGCUGCAAGCAGUGUUGAACGUAGCAUAUGUCCAUAAAUUUAUUUAUUGUUUAUUUCUUAAGUUGAUUAAA